GCCGAGCGAGCCGCGCUCCGUUUCCUCCCCUUGCUCCGCGGGGGACCGACCGCGCUCCCGCCCCUGCGCGCGGGGCGGCCGCGGCCGCCGGCGGAGCGGCCCCCUGCGCGGCCGCGGCUCCUGGCCGGCGCCUCCGCGGCCCCUUAAAGGCGGGACGCGCGUAACCCGACACCAGAGCGCUGCCGGUGCCGCGGCGGAGAGCAGCGCGGACCGCCGGGCGCCGCCGCCGGGGAGAGCCGGGCCGGCCCAUGGGGCGGGCGAGCCGCGGGCCGGGGCGCGGCGCCGGCCGCCCCUAGGCUGCCCUAGGCCGCCCCUAGGCUGCCCUAGGCCGCCCCAGGCUGCCCUAGGCGGUGCGGCGCGGCGCGGCGCGGGCGGCCGCAGCAUGCGGGCGCUGCGCCUGCUGUGGCUCGGCUGCCUGGGCAGCCUGUGCCGCGGCUACUUCGACGGCCCGCUGCAGCCCGAGAUGUCCAACGGGAGCCUGCACCACUACUUCGUGCCGGACGGCGACUACGAGGAGAACGACGACCCCGAGCGGUGCCAGCUGCUCUUCAGGGUGAGCGAGCCGCGGCGGUGCGGCGCGGCGGGCGGCGGCCUCAGCCUGCGCGAGGAGCUGACGGUGCUGGGCCGGCAGGUGGAGGACGCGGGCCGGGUGCUGGAGGGCAUCGGCCGCAGCAUCUCCUACGACCUGGACGGGGAGGAGAGCUACAGCCAGUAUCUGCGCCGCGAGGCCGCGCAGAUCGGCGACGCCUACUCCAGCUCGGAGCGGGCGCUCAGCGAGCUGGAGAGCAAGUUCCGCCAGGGCCGCGAGCCCGAGGGCCGCGACGGCGCCCGCCCCGGCGACGCCUGCCUCGGCCUGCUGCUGCGCGCCCGCGCCCUGCUGCGCGACACGCUGCGCGUCUCCAGCGGCCUGCGCGACAAGCACGACCUGCUCACCCUCACCGUGCGCAGCCACGGCGCCCGCCUCAGCCGCCUGCGCACCGACUACCUGCGCGCCUGACCCGGCGCCCGCCCGCCGCCGCCGCCCCCCUGCGCGCCCGGGACCGGGACCGGGGCCCCGGAGCCGCCGCCGAGGCCGGGCCCCUCCGCGGGGCGCCGAGCCGCCGCGGGACCUGCGGCGCCGCGUGGGAGCCUCGCCCGGCGCGACCGCCCCGGUAACCCCUCCUUCCGCGGCCGUAUUUAUUGCGCUGGACUCCAUAAGCAACCAGCGCGUCCCUGUGAAGUGGAAGGUUAGAGGUCUGUUUAAAUUAAUACCCCAUAUUUAAAAAAAACACAGUACCCCGUGUUAUAUGGUUCGUGUUGCCCUACGAAGCGAAGCGAGUGCUCUCAUCUUGGGUUUUCUGUUGUGCGUUAACGCAUCGCCUUCUCCACCCAGGCUCAGCUACCACGGACGUGGGUGAAGCGCUCAGACUCUCGUGUAGUAGCGCCUGAACUGCUUUCCUUGUUACUCCCAUUCAGGGUGAAACCUCUGGCCCCCUAGUCUGAACUUUUUUUUUUUUUUUUUAACAGCACAUAUUCUACUCACAUAAAAUACUGCUCUACUACUUAACCUAAAGCUGUGAUUCCCAUUUGUGUUUCGAAAGAAGGGAGCUGUUCUGGCAGAGUGCCCUUCAAGGCUUGCUUAUCUGUGACACUGAGCUAUUGUAACCCCCAGAGCCAGCCAGAAAGGCUUAUGUCAGACCCCGAGAAUGCCCAUGCGGGUUUUUGUAGUAAGGAGGAGGAGCCCUAGCACUGAUUGUAGUUUCAGAUCCUAAAUUUAAGAGCCCGGUUUCCUAGUGUGUGGUGUUCUUUUUUUUUAAGCAGACAAAAGGUAUUUGUCUGUUCCUACACAGUGACAUUUAUUGUUGGUGCCUUUGUACUUUUGCUAGCUAAGCUGUUAUUAAAAUUGUUUGUGCUCCUAGACAAUAGCAGAAGUGCCUGGUGGGGAGGAGGGAGGGAUUAUCUGAGGUUUUAGAAUCACCAAUAUUUAAUCAUCAAUUUGGGGUAAUAUGGCUACUAGGUUACAGAUACUGCAGGCAGAAUCACUGUUUGGAUGAAAAAAAGUUAUACGUUGUUUUAAUAAAUAUUUGAAAACAAUGUCAAAGCGCUUCUUUUCUUCUCUUAUUGUUCUGCUUGAGUCAUUCUUGAUUUGAAACAUAGCAUUGUAAUACAUCUAUUCAGCAAAACUUUGGGAAUAUGUAGACUCUGCCAAAUGAAAUAACUUGCUUUUUAGUAAAAAUAAAUAAAAAUUUACACACUCAA